GCAAUUUUAUUAACCGAGGACCAUCACCUAAUUGAAUUUCCUUCGCUUUUACUUCCACCUGGCGUAACCUCCGGUAGUAUAGUAAACAUUAGUGUAAAUCGGAAUCAUGAUCAAGAAGCUAGUCAGCGUAGUGAAUUUUGGGAACUUCAAGAAGCAAUUUUAGAAGAAUUUGGUCGUAAAAUUCCUGAACCUCCUAAACUUCACGUUAAACACAUCACUCAAACAUCAGUUAUUCUCGAAUGGGAACAUUUAGUACUUCAUACAGCAACGUUCAAAUCUUUAGAAAUUUUCCGUAAUGGUACCCGAGUUAAUCAACAAACUUCUCUCGGUCUCAACAAUUCUGUUAAAUUAAGCGGUUUACAAUUGGAUACAGAAUAUGAAUUUCAUAUUACCAUUAAAACUACUGCUGGUUCUUUUACCUCAAACAAGAUCAAAAUUAGAACACAUGAUUUAGAAAACCUUACAGGUAUUAAUGUUUGUUUCGGUUAUUUUUCGGAUGAUGCAACACCAAAUAAACAAGAAUUGAAGGAGGUUUUAAAGAGAAUUGGUGCUAGAUAUAGUGAUCAUGUUGGUAACGAUACCACACACUUGUUAUGUAAUGAAAAGGGAGGAGCAAAUUAUCAAAAAGCCUUAGAUAAUAGUAUACCCAUUGUUAAGCCUGAAUGGUUGAUUGCAUGUGAAAAUGCAGGAAAAAUGCAAGCCGCUUUACCUUACUAUCUCGUAGCUCAACCUGAAGAGAAGUAA